GCCCAAACCGGCAAUCCGAACUGCGGGGUGAGCUCCCUCCUGAAGAACCAUUGCCAUACUUUACGAGUCUAGGCUGUACGAAAAGAUUCGCCUUCAACGGAAUGCCAUUUUGAAUACAAGCAGUAGUUCUACGUUUUCUUUAACCACCUUUACAUGCUGUCCUAAUUGCAGAAAAUAUAUAUCAUUGAGUCUUCAUCUACUCUCCAAACAUCAGACGAACUUCUACCCCGCAACCCCGCAUUCCACAAUAAUGGCAACAGAAACUCAAACAAAACAACCCACAAAAGAAACCUUCCACUUUAUUAACGAUCCUGCAGAUGCGAUCAAUGAGGCUGCAAUUGGCCUGACAGAGCAUAAUCCCAAUCUUUCUUAUGCACUUGCGCACAAGAUAGUGUAUCGAAGUGAUCUUGAUACUUUCCGGAAAGACCAUGUAACGACUAUUGGGUUUGCAGGAGGGGGACACGAGCCUAUGUUUUCAGGUUUCGUCGGCCCUUCCUUUCUCUCUUGUUCAGUAUCCGGAAACAUCUUCGCCUCACCCACAGCAGCUCAGAUAUUCGAAGCUAUCAAACUCUGUCAGCCGACAGAUGGUCCCUCGAAAGGGAUCUUGAUCGUCUGUGGGAACUAUACUGGCGACAUUCUCAAUGCAGGUUUAGCAAUUACUCGCGCCACAGCCGCUGGAUAUAAAGUCAGAUUCAUUCCAGUUGGUGACGAUGUAGCCGUCGGUAGAAAGAAAGGCGGCAAAGUUGGGAGACGAGGAUUGAGCGGCCAUGUUGUUGGUCUGAAGAUAGCUUGUGCCCUGGCUGAUCAAGGAGAGAGCUUGGAGAGAGUCGGUGAUGUGAUGGAGUAUAUUGCUGCGAAUUCCGGGACUAUUGCUGUGGCUUUCGAUCGAGUUGCACUUCCAAACAACAUUAUAACUGAAAUCCAGAUCAUCCCUCCAGAUACCAUCGAGCUUGGCCUCGGCUGCCACGGCGAGCCAGGACUUCGUCAAAUUUCCCCCAUCCCAAGCCCGGAGGCACUCACAAAAGCAAUGAUUAAUCUCGUCACCGACACCUCUGACGCGGACCGAGCAUUCAUCCCAUUCUCGAAAAGCGAGAAAGAUGAAGCUAUUCUCUUGGUCAACAGUUCCGGGAGUACCUCCGAUGAAGUGCUCGCUCGGUUCGCCGAGUUGGCAAUCGCUGAGCUGGAGGAUCAGGGUAUUGUUGUUAGGAGGAUGACGUUGGGACCGAUGGUCACGAGUUUGAAGCAGAGUGGAUUUGGGUUUACUGUUUGGAGAUUGCCGAGGGAGGAUGAAAAGGGGCCUCUAAUUAGAGAUGAGGCUUUGAGGUCUUGGGAUAGGAAAGUAAAGACUGCUGUAUGGAGGCAGUGAUUGUAUAUUACGGUAAUAAGCUGGAACUUGAAGAAAGAUACUAGACACUGAGGGACGAGAUAUCCACAAUGCAGAGAGCCAAACAAAGUCCUGUACAUAUUCGGUUCAAGAUAUCCUUUUCCUGAUAUGGGAAGUGAGAUUCACUUGCUUGGUAUGUACUCCACCAAAAACAAUAUUGUGAAGUGCUUCGCAACAUAUGACCAUGCUGGAACAAAAAAUAAGUUGUUCGUCGAACACUGGUCCCUGAACCAGAGAAAU